AUGGGUGAUCAAAACGCGUUGCUUCGAUUUUUGGCUGCUCAGGUCACUCAACAACAGCAGCAACAGCAGAUUUCAGCUGCUUUAUCAGCCAUAAAUGGCUUAUCCAACAAUACAUCAGCCUCAUCAUCAACGAAUUCUUCUGCUAACUCUGUUGCUGCUGUAGCUGCUGCCAUAGCUGCUGCUGCUUCAGCUUCUUCCUCAAAUUCGACAACUAAUGGCUUGUCUAAUGCUGGAUCUGUCUCAGCGGUUAAUGGCACGACACCACAACGAAACGGUCAGCGUAAUGCUUCCGCAGCAGCCAAUGGAUCAAUGAAUCAGUUACAAGAGUUGUUGCUUUGGCAGAUGAUUGCAGCUCAACAAGCUCAGGCACAGCUUCUCAAUAUGCAACAAAUUCAACAACAGACUCAACAAAGCUCACAACAGUCACAGGAUCAGAGCCAGCGACUCGAGUGGCUUCAGAAGGAGCUCAUCCCAAAAGAAUUGGCACGACAACAGCAGAAACUUAAGCAACAGCUUGAUGACCAACAGAAGCAGCAGCAACAACAACAGCAGCAGCAGAAAGCUUUCGAUGAUGUGAUACGAAAAUUAGCUGAAACGGCCAAGAACGGACAAACAAAUGGACAAACUAAUGGACGUGUUUCUUCAACUCCUAUAGAUAAGCCUAGCACAUCUACAGGAGCAACAGCUACUAUCCGAGAAGGCGCAGAAAUCAAAUUAGAAAAUGGUGAAACGCCUAAGAAGAGCUCUCCUCCUAAAUCUGCUGCCAACCCCUUCAACAAGAAUGCCAUCGACGCUGCUAUGUGGCAAUUACUGGCAGCUCAAAUGCUCCAACAACAAAAUGUUUUGAAAAAUGCAACAUCGAAGCAGAACAAAGUAACAAUUAAAAAAGAUCCAUAUUCUGCCGGUUUGGAUAUAGCAGCGAAGAUCAAAGCUGAACAACAAGCUCAAACCACUAAAUCUGAAAACAUUAAUAGUACUGUUAUAAACUCAUUUGCUCAUCUAGAUUCUUCUGAUGCCAACAAGAAACGUCUUCCGGCUACAGAGACUCAAGCUAGAAUUCCUCUAGGACUUGGUUGGCGGCGUCAAACCUGCAUUCGAGCUGUGACUGCUUCUGGUGUUCGCGGAGAUGUUAUCUACUACGCUCCUUGCGGAAAGAAGCUGAGUACCUAUGCUGAGGUUCUGCGGUACUUGAUAAAGAACAAUUGCGGACCAAUAACGAGAGACAACUUCUCCUUCAGUAGCAAGCUCAUUGUCGGUGAAUUCAUCUAUCCCAAAGAUAGUGUUGAUGGAGAGAAGAGAAUUUUCAAACUAACCGAAGAAGAAGUGAACGAUGAAGUGAACAAGCUAGCUAGUCUCAAGUCACAGCCUCGAAUAACUGAAAAGAAGUUCCGAGAUGUGAAAGACCGAGCUUCUUCCCCCGAUGAAGAUGAAUUCGUUGAACCCGAAGAGUAUCUUGCUCCCAAAGGUUUUUAUGAUGAUGAGGAAAAGGUCAAAUGGAGUCGAGAGCCCAUCGAUGAUCUGCUACUCACUGAAAUUAGGCCAUUACCCGAAAUGCAGAGGAUACCAAACCUUCAGCUUAAAGGCGAAGGCUUUGCUGAUGCUCUCAUGGUUUACGAAUUUAUCAAAAACUUCGGAGUUGUUCUCAAAAUAGACGUUGAUUCAAUGCCUCCUCUUGAUGAGUUUUGCGCCGGCCUAGCUGGGGACUUGCGAUACUCUGCUGCUGUGCUGGACAUUACCAAAGUUCUUUUCACCUUAGCUCUCGAGUUCCCUGGAUUUCCUGUUGGCAGGAAAGGCCAAAAUAGUCUUGGAAUGAAUAUGAACAAUUACAAUCUGACGCGAGAGAACUUCUCGUUGGUUCUAAUGCAGUUUCUGUCAAGUCGAGAUGAACAAGGCCAGAAAUUAGCAAAACUCGUAGAGAAUGAGGAGUUCGAAACAUUGGUCGGUGAGGACAAAGCAUCCAUUCUUGCUUUCCUAUGUAAUGAAUUGCUGUGCUGCCGGAAUAUUGUUAGAGAAAUCGAUUCUAACUUGGAUGAAAUCGGAAAACUGAAAGGUGAUCGAUGGCUACGAGAUGGAAAAGCACGUGCUCUGAAAGCUCAUCAGAAGCGUCGGAAAAGGGAGUUGAAGAAAGAUCAUAAGGAGCACGAUGAAGAUGGCGAAGAACGUCCAGCUAGUCGAAAUUCUGAUUCUGAAGAAGAUGAAUCCACCGUCCAUCCUAACAACAAGAAGCUCACUCCUGGACUUGGACAAGUAGAAAUCUUGACUAACGAAGAGGAAAACAUGAGCGUGGAAGAAUUAGAACAAGUGAUAAUCAAUCUGAAAUUGGAAUCAGACGAUUUGAAAGAUGAAAUCAACAAACUGGCCAAUCGAGUUCGAUCAUUUCCGUUUGGUUGGGAUAGAUAUCAUCGUCAGUACUGGCAAUUACCUCAUGUUCCGACAAUCCUGGUUGAAUCCAUUGAGUCCUGUGGACUUAAUAAUCCUGCUUGUAAUAUUAGUGAAACUUGUGACAAAGAUCCUGAUAGUUAUGAAACUUCGAACUACUUGGAUCCUGAUGUCUAUUCGUGUUUAGAAGAUCUCAUAGAUGAAACAGCUUUAAUGCGGGUGAAAAUUGAUAAGAAGCAUAAGAAGAAGAUCAGGAGGUUUGACAACUCCUUCAAGCGUGGAUGGUGGAUGAUCGAUUCGAAAGAAGUUCUCGAAAGUGUAAGGAGCAGCUUACAUGGUCGUGGAAUUCGUGAACGAUGUCUUCAUCGACUUCUAUGUAAAAAUUGGUUUAUGAAAGACAUUCGAAUAGGUCAAUUUGAGUUAUUAGCUCCCAGUCGGUUGCUGACGAAAGCGGAAAUAGAAAAGGAUGCCGUUCAUCGGUUAGAAUCUGCUAUUGCUAGGAUGGAACAUCAAGUUUUCAACUAUCAAAUUACUUCUUCGGAUUGGAAGCCUCUCUCUGAAAAAGAUUCUGUUGAACCAGCUGGAAGCUCUGAUGAGCCUUGGCGCUUCAACGAAAGCCUCUUAGACGAUGACGAUGCCUCGUCUUUAACUUUGGAUGAUCUACGUACAAGAAUUCUGGACUGUGAACAAGCGAUUGACAAUCGCUAUUUCGAGCCCAGUUUCUUUGUUGGUUAUAUGCCAUCAGCAGCUAUCAUUCUUGGCUUGACAAGCUCUGACGAAUCCUCUGAAGCUCAUGGUUCCCCAAAUGGUUCCGAAGGAAAGUUGGAAAUAAAAGAGGAAUCCACUGACGAGAAGAUGGAUGGUCAUGAGGAAAGGAUGGAAGACGAUAAGUGCUCGGAGCAUUCUAAAGGAGAUGAUAGAUCAAGCGAAACAAAAGAACAGUUGAUUGACAAGUGGAGGCAAUUCGUCGAAGAGGCAACAACACCUUCUCAACUCAUGAUGGCUGUUGAAUGUCUGCUUUCAUCUAUAGCUUGGGAUAGAUCAGUGGUUGAAGCGAUUUGCCAGAUCUGUAAGAAGCUUGGUGCGCCUGAAGUUCUUUUACAUUGCGUUGGAUGUCAGCGUGGAUAUCAUUUGAGAUGUUUCCGACCUGGCAUGGACACUUAUCCUGAGUCUUGGUUCUGUCCUCGGUGUAAAGAGCAAGCUUCUGGUAAUCCACAUUGCGUGUUCUGCGUAAAAGACGGAGCUCCUAUCUACCCUUGUCGUGUUUGCCAAAACUUUUACCACAUCGAAUGCUCCAAACAACAUACACCGGAUCGUCCUAGUGAUUUUGUUUGUCUGUUCUGUGAUGAUAAGGAUCUCACCGAGAGUCACCGAGUUGUUUUACGGACUGAAAGUGAAGAACCCAAGGAGAACGAAGAGGUUCCUCAUGUUGAGGAAUCCUCAGGCCAGAAAGAUGCACGCAAACCUCAAAAGAGGAAAGCUGAUGGUCCACCUCCAAUCGUUUUCCCUCAAGAAAUGGCAAUGGAUCUGUGUCGUACAAUGCUCGAUGAAAUAGAGCUGCAGCCAACAGUCGGUCCAUUUUUGGAGCCUGUCGACACUGAUCUGGUUCCGGGUUACAAAGAAACUAUCCCUAACCCUAUUGAUAUUUCAACAAUAAGGAACAAAAUUGAUAGUCAAUGUUACGAUUCGCCGGACGAUUUUGCCAUUGACGUAGAGCUGAUGUUCACGAACUGUCGUACAUUCAACGAAGACAAUUCUCCUGUGGGUGUUGCCGGUCAAAACUUGUACAAAUUCUUCCAAAAGCGCUGGAAACAAGUGAAAUACAACUACAGCAAACGAUUACGAAGAAUGCAGGCGGCUCAAGCUUCCAACUAG